AUGUGUGAAGAGUUACCUUCUGUGUACAAUUGUCCUAAUAAAAUUUGUAUUUCAAAGGUUUUUCACUCCAUUCAAGAGACAUGCACUGAACUUCUGAAGAUAAUUGAGAAAUAUCAGCUAAGACUCAAUGUUAUAUCAGAGGAAGAAAAUGAACUGGGGCUCUUUUUAAAGUUUCAAGCAGAACGGGAUACAACACAAGCUGGUAAAAUGAUGGAUGCUACUGGCAAGGCACUCUGUUCUUCAGCCAAGCAAAGAUUGGCCCUGUUUACUCCUCUGUCUCGUCUUAAGCAAGAAGUAGAAACAUUCAGUCAAAGGGCGGUAUCUGAUACCUUGAUGACAAUCAAUCGUAUGGAACAAGCGCGCACAGAAUACAGAGGAGCCCUGCUGUGGAUGAAAGAUGUGUCCCAAGAACUGGACCCAGACACCCUAAAACAAAUGGAAAAGUUCAGAAAAGUACAGAUCCAAGUGAGAAAUAGCAAAGCUUCUUUUGACAAGUUAAAGAUGGACGUUUGUCAGAAAGUGGAUUUACUUGGAGCUAGUCGCUGCAAUAUGUUAUCUCACUCCCUCACUACCUACCAGAGGACACUGCUUGGAUUCUGGGAGAAAACAGCCCGAUUGAUGUCCCAGAUCCAUGGGGCCUGUACUGGUUUCCAUCCAUAUGAUUUUGUAGCUCUCAAGCAACUACAAGACACUCCAAGCAAGCUUACUGAAGACCACAAAGAACAAAUAGAAAACAAUUCUCUCACUGAAAACCUCAAUAAGUUAGUUUUGUCAGAUGAGGAAGUGAGCUUGGGAAAUGAACCAGCAGCCGAAGAUCACGAGGAAAAACAUUUUCAAAUAAGAGAAUUUGGAGCACCUCAGUUUUCUAAUUCUGAAAAUGUUGCAAAAGAUUUACCUAUAGAUUCACUGGAAGAUGAUUUUGAGAGGGAAUUCUCAUUUCUCAACAACCUUCUAAGUCCUGGUUCUUCAAGUAUUGGUGAAUUUACCCAAGAAUGCCAGACUGCCUUUGGGAGCCCUGGCGCCAGCUUCAUGUUGCGGGAGCCUGCUGUGGGGUCUGAGCCUCUUGCUCAUUCCUCACGAUUCCUUCCUUCACAGCUCUUUGACCUUGGCCUUCAUGCUGCUGGAGCUUUUAACAGCUGGGCCUUGCAAGGGGGAUUAGAAGUUCCUCUUUCACACACUGACAACCAGCCAGUGCCUUCACAGAGUCCAAAGAAAUUAACAAAGUCUCCCAACAAUGGUAACCAAGACAUGUCAGCCUGGUUCAAUCUAUUUGCAGACUUGGAUCCACUUUCAAACCCAGAUGCUAUUGGACACUCAGAUGAUGAACUUCUUAAUGCUUGACUGAAACUAUGUCGUCACUUCAGUGGCCUUGAAACAUCAAUUUUACAACAUAUUGCCUUUGUGGAAAGGAGUUUAUAUUGUAACCCAUACACAAAAGCAUCGUGUUUGUGUAUCUAACACUUUUCAGCCAACUUUAAAGAGAUGGUAAGGACUACAUUUGAAUAGAUUAAGUAUUUCUUUAAUAUCUUGGAUUUGCAGCUGUUGAUAUGUGGAAAAUAUUAUGAACCAUUGAGUCUGAAACAGAUACCAAAAUUUAUUUCAAAAUAAUAAUUAGGAAUACUUCUGUAAAUAAGGAAUUGGGCUUACUUCUUUGGAAAGCCUUUUAUGUGUAAGUUGCCUUGCUGGCUGUGAGAAUUCUGUAUGUGGAUAAAGACAGCAUGUAAAUUUGGUUGUGAUUUGGGGUUGGUUUUUAAAUAAAACCAUAGCAGGGGGAGUUUUCUGUUGUGGAAAAUAACACUAGAACCAGAACAGUUUUGUCUUUAGUUAGAAAAGUAGAGUAAGAUUUGAGAACUCAGUUUGCUUUAAUGAAAUCACAGAGAAACUUGGUGCUUUUCUCCACUUGGAGGCUAAAAUGUAAUAUUACUUAGUUUUUUUCCUUCAUAGAAAAUCAUGGAUACCCCUCAAUUCCAUUAUUGAGUUUUCAUGGGAAAAUAGCAGGAUGAUUCGUUUGCUAAACCUAUCCUCUGCAGAAACUCAUAAACCUGUCUCCUAAACCACAAGAAUGUCCAAGACAUUGUACAGGUGUCUUCAGGCCUGGUUUUUCACACAUUGUUACCAUAAUAUACAGUAUUCAUAUUCUUUCUGAAAAGGGGAGGACAAUCCCUAAGCAACGGGCAGUAGUAUUCCUGAAAUUAUCCAGAAACUUCUCUCUGAAUGAGGGAAAAAUUCUAAGCUUAUCCUUGUACAUAUUUGUACAUUUAUAACCUAUUUCUUGACACGAUUUAAUCCAGAUUACUUUUCUGGCAGUCAUAGAAGGUUCCACAUGAUCAAUCAGAAAGGGUCUUAUUUUUCCACUUUUCCCUUUCUGUGGGUGACAUCAUCUAAGGCUCUAUUUGAUGACUGAGGAAAAAUUGUUACCCUUACUGGAGGGAAGUUAGUGUAAGCCAGUGAACCCAUAGCCACUGUAUAUACAUAUCAAUUUCCUGCUCUUUUUUCUUGACCAUCCUUUAGAUUUGAGGCAGUUCUCCAGGUGUCUUAUUUUUGUCAUCCAGUCCAUUACACAUCCAUAAGGGAACAUUUUAACUAAGGUGUUCACGGCAGUUUUCAUGUGCUCCCAGUUUUCAACAGGCUUAUUUAUUGUUUAUAAGAGAAUGGCUUGUAAUGUCUGAGUCACUGUAAAUAGAACAUUUUUGGGGACUACACCAGAGUGGGUAAAGUGCAGUCCACCUCCAUGCACAGCACUCUGGCCUAGCUAUAAUUGGAACUGCCCCCGAGCCCUCCAGGAAAUCACUGGUGGGGGGCAGUACCACCUAGGCUGGCAAGACCUUAUCUGAGGAUCAGAAGCAAUGAAUGACUCAGGAAAAGGUUAUGUAGUCUUUUCAUGCUUAUUCCUAUUUCUUUCGUUAUCCUUUCAGUCAGAAGCAUUUUUUACCUCUUCCUUUUUAUUCAGUGAAAUUCUCCAGAAGAUUCAGUCACCAAGGAUUGUGAUUCAUAAUUACAAUCUAAAUUCUGUACCUAUGGUGACUCUGCGCUCUCAACUUUGAAUACUUCUUCAAAAAUAAUGCUACAAUCUAAAUUCUGUACCUAUGGUGACUCUGCUCUCUCAACUUUGAAUACUUCAAAAAUAAUGCUAACUUUGUAUCUUGAGCUUGUGCCGUUUUUCUUUCAUUAAUUUUUUCACUAAUAAUUAGUUCACAAAAUAUUUCUGUAUCUCCUUCACAUGCAUGCAUAGUCCGUUAUCCCGAAUAAACAAAUAAAACCCAAACACAGAGAAAAACCACUGAUCUUUCCAGGCCAGAAGCCCGAAUCCCAGACUAUCAAUGUAUUCACAUUGCCCUCAAUUUCCAAAGAACAAAAGUCCUCAAAAAAAAAAAAAAUAGAAACACACAAUAGAUUUUUAUUAUUCAGUUCUUAGAUUCUCGUAACAUUUCUUCUGAGUAUGUAGUUGCCCAUUUAAUCCAAAAGCACAUUAACUGUCUUAGUAAGUUAAGUUAUAAUUUCAACAAAUCUAACAACUCCAUUUUUGAAGAGCACCUUGAAAACUUUGUUAUUAAAAUGAAGGUAACCAUAUUUUUUCAAGAUUAAUUAUUUGAAGUUCAGUCAUUUAGAGGCCAGAAACAGAAAUCUGGCUAUAUUACACCUAGACUGCUAAUAGGGGAAAAAAACCACUUAUUCAGUAGGGAUUGAAGGAAAGACAUGAUAAACACAGAACAGAAAGGUGAUCAGUUGCUAUUUGUCUAAAUUUAGAUAAAACAUUCAAUAAGAAAUAAAUUAACCUUAACGAGAGGUAGGCUGAGAACUCUUACAAAGUAAAUGGGAUGUUUUUAUAUUAAAUGGGGGAAAAUAAUAUCUCCUACUUUUUAUUACCAAAUAAGAAUGCAUUUAACCUUAGAAAAGCCCCAGAAGAACUAAAAUUUGUCUAAUCUUUCUUAUGACCACUUUACAAGUGAGACAGGAAUACCAGGGCAUAUUAAGAUCAGACUGGUGUAACUUUGUAUUUUUUGAAAUCUUUCAUUAAUUGUAAAACAGAGCUCUGAUAUGGUUAGAAACGAACUGUAUUUUUAAAAAAAAAUAGGUUUCUGUAUUUGCACAAUGAAAUUCAGUGUUUGUAUUUCAACUAUGGAUAUUUAUUUCACAUAACUAUCUAUAUAGACCAUCUGGAAAUGUAGAGGUCUUACAGCAUAAGAACAAAGGAAGUUUGUGCUCUCUUUUUCUGAGCCUCUUUUAAUAAAGAUUACAAGAUGGCAUAAAACAAAAAAGUUGAUUUCUUAAAGUACUCAAUAUCAAUACAAAUCCAAUUAUUGUUAACCUAUUCAAAAAUUUGGGUUUUACCUCAGGACCAUAGUAGUAAAAGGUAGUCUGAAAUGAUACAGGUAACACAGAAUGAAAAUAAAACCAAGGCAAUUAA